AUGCCAAAGCUACUUUGUCUUCCCGGAUUUCUUCAGAGCGGCAGUAUUUUUGCUGAAAAGUCAUCCGGUCUCAGAAAGACCCUUUCUAAAAAGUUUGGGUAUGAGCUCACCUACAUCGAUCCCCCUGUGACCAUUUCCAGUCUCGAUAAGCUACAAUUUCCCUUAGCACCAACAGCCGAAGAAGCACAAGAGAAAUGGAAGGAUGUCGAGAAAGCCAAUUGUAAUCGUUGUUGGUGGAUUCCUGAAGGUUCGGAUCCAUACGUUGGGUUCAAUCAAUCGCUAGAGACUGUAGUCAACUACAUCAAAGAAAAUGGCCCGUACGAUGGAAUUGUCGGAUUCUCGCAAGGUGCAGCUAUGGCCGCAAUUGUUGCCAAUUCUAUAGAAAGACUUUUGCCGGAACACGGUCCGUUCCGAGUAGCCGUGUUGUUCUCCUCUUUUGCCUUUGUCCAACCUUUGGACAGCUCGGUCAACUUAUCCGAUUUGCAUUCUCUGGUUUCAGAUAUGAGCCAGUAUACUAAGAUGGUGAAGCUCUACGAAGGAAUGGAGCAAUACUUUACUCCAGGUUCUUCCCAUACUAAAUUCAUCUCCGUAAUGGGUUCUCAAGAUAUGGUUGUGCCUGCCAUCCGUACAGAGUAUUUCCAUGCUUUGUAUCCCGAAAUCGAGGUCGUACAGCAUGAUGGAGGCCAUUAUGUGCCAAAUAAAAAGGCCUUCUUGACUCCUCUUGUGGAGCUGAUAGUGAAGGCAGUAGACUCAAAACCUGCUCUUUAG